CAACAGAACAGACAGACACGUUCCAUGUCAGUCGGACAGUCGGACGGACAGACACGCGGCCACAGACGACACCUUCUCUAACAGUCAGGAUGUCCAUCACUAAGAUUCACGCUAGGGAGAUUCUGGACUCCAGAGGAAACCCAACAGUGGAGGUGGACCUAUGGACGGCUAAAGGUUUGUUCAGGGCAGCAGUUCCUAGCGGAGCGUCGACUGGUGUCCACGAGGCCCUGGAGCUCCGUGACCAAGACAAGGAUCGUUACUUGGGCAAAGGUACAUUAAAAGCCGUGAAACAUGUGAACGUGGACAUCGCGCCCGCACUGAUUGAGAAGAAGUUCAGUGUUGUGGAGCAGGAGAAGAUCGACAAGUUCAUGUUGGAUUUAGAUGGAACUGAAAACAAAUCUAAGUUUGGUGCUAACGCCAUCCUGGGCGUGUCUCUCGCCGUCUGUAAGGCCGGAGCAGCAGAGAAGGGCGUUCCUCUGUACCGCCAUAUUGCUGACCUCGCUGGGCACAAAGAUGUCAUACUUCCUGUUCCUGCCUUUAACGUCAUCAACGGAGGAAGUCACGCUGGAAACAAACUGGCCAUGCAGGAGUUCAUGAUUCUGCCCAUCGGAGCUUCCAACUUCCAUGAGGCCAUGAGGAUCGGCGCUGAGGUCUACCACAAUCUGAAGAACGUCAUCAAGGCCAAGUAUGGGAAGGACGCCACCAAUGUGGGCGAUGAGGGAGGCUUCGCGCCAAACAUCCUGGAGAACAACGAGGCUCUGGAGCUGCUGAAGACCGCCAUUGCGAAGGCCGGCUAUCCCGACAAAAUCAUCAUUGGCAUGGAUGUAGCGGCUUCCGAGUUCUUCCGCAGCGGAAAGUACGACCUGGACUUUAAGUCCCCUGAUGACCCAGCAAGACACAUCAGUGGCGAGAAGCUGGGAGACCUGUACCGCAGCUUCAUCAAGGGCUACCCCGUCCAGUCCAUUGAGGAUCCAUUCGACCAAGAUGAUUGGGAACAGUGGGCCAAGUUCACUGCCUCUGUGGACAUACAGAUUGUAGGAGACGACCUGACAGUGACCAAUCCCAAGAGGAUCCAGCAGGCGGUGGACAAGAAGGCCUGUAACUGUCUGCUGCUCAAAGUCAACCAGAUUGGCUCUGUGACUGAGUCUAUCCAGGCGUGUAAGCUGGCUCAGAGCAGUGGUUGGGGUGUGAUGGUCAGUCAUCGCUCCGGAGAGACAGAGGACACAUUCAUCUCUGACCUUGUGGUCGGACUGUGCACUGGACAGAUUAAAACCGGCGCCCCCUGCAGAUCAGAGCGUCUAGCCAAAUACAACCAACUGAUGAGGAUUGAGGAGGAGCUUGGAGACAAGGCUAAGUUUGCUGGCAAAGACUUCCGCCACCCAAAGAUCAACUAAAGUGCCGUUGUGACAACCGACUGACAACAGCAACUCCGCCUUACAAGCUGGGGGUGAGAGGUCACAAUGGGUUUGACCCCGCCUCUCUGGCUAUAAUUCCAUUCAUGAUGUUUUCUAUAUAAAACACAAAGGUUGAAUAAAGAUGAGGGAAGAAAACAAA